AUGGCAGCUCCUCAGGGGCCUCAGGGGUUCCAGGAGCCCCAUGGUGCUGGUGCUGCGGCCCCAAGUCCUGCAUCAGCAGCAGCAGCGGGCGGAACGGCAGCAGCUACGGCUGCACCUACCGUUGUUGUACCACCGGCAGCAGCAGCACCAGCUCCUAAUGCAGCAGCAGCAGCAGCAGCCCCGGCGGUCGCUGCAGCAGCAGCAUCACCUGCAGCAGCGACGCCAGCUGCGGGAUCAACUGCAACACCAGCUUCUGGAGCAACAGCAGCACCAGCUGCUGGGGUAGCAGUACCUGCCGCAUCAGCAGCACCAGCCGCAGCAGCAGCUGCUGCUGCUGGUGCAGCACCAGCAACACCAGUUGCCGCAGCUCGUGCUGCAUCUCCCGCUACAGCUGCUUCUGUGCGGGGCCAGCAGUGCAUUCAGUUGCUGCAGUCGCAGCUAAGCAGGAAUGCGCUGCAGCUCAUAGGGAGCAGCAGCAGCAGCAGCAGCAGCGGCACCACGGAUACCAAGAUCCUACUGCCGCAGCAGCGGCCUUUGCUGCAGCAGCAAACGCUGCUGCAGCGGCCGCCACUCUGCGGCACCCCUGGUCUUCCGCUAUACACAGCAGCCACUGUUCCAAGCCAUCCGCUUCUCAAGCAGCAGCUGCCACUGCCGCAGCAGCUGCCACUGCAGCAGCCGCGGCAGCAGCAGCAGCAGCUGUGGCUGCAUCAGCAGCAGCAGACACAGACGCCGCAGCAGCAACCACUGCAGCAGCAACCGUGGCACCAGCAGCAGCAGCAAGCGCAGCAACAGCAGCCGCGCCAGCAGCAACAACAACAACAGCCGCAGCAGCAGCAACAGCCGCAGCAACAGCCGCCGCGCCAGCAGCAGCAGCAACAACAACAGCUGCAGCGACAACAGCAACAGCAACAGCAACAGCAGCAACAGCAACAGCAGCCGCGACAGCAGCAGCAACAACAGCAGCCGCGGCAGCAGCCGCAACCAGUUCCAGCGACCGUCGGUCAUGUGCCCAGGGCGGUUCAACCCCAGCAAGUGCAGCAGCAGCAGCAGCCACUGCAGCAGCAGCAGCAACCACUGCAGCAGCAGCAGCAGUCACUGCAGCGGCAGCAGCAGCCACUGCAGCAGCAGCAGCAGAAGCAAGAGCAGCUGGGACAAAAUCAGAGGCAGCAGCAAGCGCUGCAUCAACAGCAGCAGCAGCAACCAAAGCCUGUGGUAGUCUCGGGGGGUGGUGUUAAGGCGCAGCGGCACUCACCACCUGCUGCUGCUGCUGCUGCUGCUGCUGCUGCGGGGGCAGCCUCCGUUGCUGCUUCCUCGGGGGCGCGUCAAGGCAGCGCCAGCAGCAGCAGAGUUGAUCACACUUUAAGUUCGGUCCGGAGCCAGCCGGCAGCAGCAGCAGCAGCUCAAUCACCAGCAGCAGCAGCAGCAGCAGCAGCAGCAGCAGCACCAGCAGCAGCAGCAGCACCAGCAGCAGGCGCUGCGGCUGUGAAGACGGGGGCCCGAGGGAGCCAGAGCCCCGCGAGGAGCGCCCCGAGCACGAGCACGAGCAGCACGGACACGAGCAGCACGAGCAGCAGCAGCAGCAGCACGACCCCGACCGCGGCCCCGACCAGCAGCAGCAGCAGCAGCAGCAGCAGCAGCAGCAGCAGCGGGGUGAUGAGCGAGCGGUCGAAGCAGUGGCUGGCGUACGACAGAGAACACGGGACGCUGUGGGGCCGGGACUGGGCGUACUACCGUUUGCUGCAGCAGCGGCUGCCGGCUUCGAUUUCGCUGCAGCAAGCAGCAGCAGCAGCGCGGCGCGCGCCCGCGGAGCUGCUGCAGCAGCGCAGAACCCUCAGCAGCAUCAAACUUCGAGAAGACCUUUCUUGUCCCAUUUGCAUGUCCAUUUUAGAUCACACUGUUGUCGUCAAGACUUGCCUCCACCGCUUCUGCGCAGAGUGCAUAGAAAAGUGCGUUCGCAUUGGCAUUCGGGAGUGCCCCCAGUGUCGGUCCCACGUGGCCUCGCGCCGCAGUCUGCGCCCCGACGGCGCGCUGGACAGAGUUGUGCGUCGCAUAUUUCCUUCUUUGGAAGCUUUUGAAGAGAAGCACCAUGUGCUGCUGGCGCGGGCGAACCAGCGGUUGAAUUCGAGUCAAGGAGCAGCAGCAGAACACGCUGCUGCUGCUGCUGCUGCGGCCGCAGCAGCAGCAGCCGGCGCGGCCGGCGCCGGCGCAAGUCCUGUGCCAGACGCCCUCGCUGCAGCAGACCCCGCUGCUGCACACAAACGCAGCUUAGCGGCAGCUGCGGAGCUGCUGCAGCAGCCCUACAAGAAGCUUGCAGCGACUCCCAGCAGCAGCAGCAGCAGCAGCAGCAAAGUCUAUCCCGGACUGUUCCCCCGCGCGCCAACCCCUGCCGCUUUCAUCGACGCCUCGGGCCAGCCGGUGCCGCGGCAGCAGCAGCAGCAAGGGAGGGCCUCAGGUUCAGCUGCUGAAGCAGCAACAGGCAGCAGCAGCAGCAGGUAUCUCACCAUGGCCAUGCAGGCGGUGCUGCCGCCCCUGGAGAAGAAGCGGAUGCGGCGGGAGUUGUCUGUGCUGCUGCGGAAACAGCAGGUUGCAGCAGCAGCAGCAGCCGCAGCAGCAGCAGGAACUGCAGCGGCGGACGCGAACCCAGAAGCAGCAGCACCGAUGAAGCUGCGCUUUGAGCUAAUCCCCGACCCGCUGCUGCCGCAGCUGCCGCUGCUGCAGCAAAACAAAUUCUCCACUGAAGGCCACAGCACAGUUUUGCAGCUGUGUCGCUUCAUUGCUGCGCGCCUCAACCGCCAGCUGCAGCAGCAGCAGCAGCAGCAGCAAAUCGGGGAGCUGCGGCUCUACACCAAAGAACACCGCGUCCCCUUCGGCCCCAAUGUAACUCUUGCUGCUCUCCACCAGCUCUCUUUGGCUUAUCCCAUGGAGUCUCUUGUGGUUUACUACACAACAAGAAACUAUGGAGAUGAGGGCGGCGGUGCACUGAGUGGCAUUCGUGGACACCUGACUGAGGUAUCUUUGCUGCUGCCUGCUGAAAGCGCAGCAGCGAGCCGCACUCAUUCGCAGCAGCAGCAGCAGCAGCAGCACGGCGGAGGGCGUGGAGGGGCCCUACAGGAAAGGCUCUCAAGCACUCCACCGGGCACUUCUGCUGCUGGAGGCCCCCGCCCUGCUGCUGCUGCUGCUGCCUCCCCUCGAGGCGCCAGCAGCGGCAGAAGUGCACACAGUUACUCCAGGUCCGCAGCAGCUGCAACGACAGCUGCAGCCACAGCUGCUGCUGUUGCAGCACGAGAAGCAGCAGCAGCAACGGCGCCCCCAUUAGCGGGCGCUCCCUCUGGAACCCCACCGAGGGGCGUGGGGACCUCAGCAGCAACAGCAGCAGCGGGAGCAGCAGCAGCAGCUGCUGCAGCACCCCAAAGGACACCUGCGGCUACUGGGAUGUACACUAGCGCGACAUCGGCUGCGCGGCGCGUUCCCGCUGCAGCAGCAAGGACGGCAGUAGUAGCAGCAACAGCGCCAGCAGCAGCAGCAGCAGGGAGGAUGUAUGUGGCUCCAGCUGCUGCUGGAUCUCCAGCAGCAGCGGCAGCGGGAGCUGCGCAGCUCGGACGGCCAGCUGCUGCUGCUGCAGUGAGUCCAGCGGGUGUCCUUGCUUCUCUUCCCGCAGCAACAGCAACAGUAGCAGCAACUGCAGCAGCAGUGUCACUGCAGCAGCUGCCGGGAGUCAGUGCUGCAGCAGGGCCCCAGUGGCAGGGGGCCCUCCAGGGGCCCCUCAACACUCUAGGGAAGCCGCAGCUGGCAGGGGGGCCCCCCUCGCUGCAGCCAGCCAGUGGGGGCGGCCCGUGGCGGCCUGCUGCGCCGGGGCGUUAG